AUGAAAAUAAAAAAAAGUUGCAUCUUUUUUGGUUAUGCUUUUGCAUUAUUUUGUACAGUGUGCUGUUUUUCAAAGAAAGAUAUAUUUAACCCUAAAUUAUACACUUCCGAUGUUGAAUAUAAAGAAAGAGAAUACUUUUUAAAAUACCUGGGGAUGUCGUAUGAUAUUAUUAAGGGUAAUCCUUGGGGAGAUCCAAUUUAUGUGAUAGAUUUAGGAUACAGACGAAAUGUUCUUAAGAAGAGAAAACUAAAUUCGGAUAAUAAUAUAAAAGAUGAUAUUGUUAAAUUUAAAGUUGGAGAAGCUUCUAAAAUAAAAUGUAUUGAUACUAUAAAAGAAAAUGUGAUAGAUAACUUAUGUGAUAUAAAUAAAGAGUACGAGAGAAGUUAUUCAGUUUCUUCCAUUAAUGAUGAUAUCCAUCCUUUUAAUGAUUCUAAUUAUUAUAAAAUGUUAGUAAAAAGAAUAAAUAGAGGUGAUUCCAUAAUUAUAGAGAAAAAGUUAUGUUCAAAAUAUUUUUCUUUUAUAAAUGAUAUAAAUAAAAAUGAUUUGGAUACGUUUUUUUUAACAACACUGAAUGAAUUAGGAGAUAAUUAUCAAAACAUAAAAGAUGAUACAUAUAAAUGUAGUUUACAAUAUUAUAAGAUGAAUAAUAUGAAUAAAUAUAGUGAAAAUUGUUUAAAAACUAUAACUCCAUGGAUAUCUUUUUUUAAUAUGUAUGGAACACAUGUGAUAUCAGGAGUUUAUUAUGGAGGUAAGAUAAUACAUAAUUUAUACUUUGAAAAUAAUAAUUUGAAAAAAAAAGAAUAUAAAAUAAGGAUGUAUAAGAGCAGAUUGAAUCCUUUUAGUACUAUUAAUUCCAACUUAUAUUUUGGUUCUUCCCUAUCAAAGGAAAAAAUUAUUUAUAUAAGGGAAAGGAAUUUAAUCAUGGAUGGGGGGGUACACAUUAAUCCCUACAAUAUUAAUGAGGUAAAUAUGGAAAAUAAAAAAAAAAAUAUAUAUGUUAAUAAUGUUGAAAAAAAUUUGUAUGAUCAGAAGAAAAAGUAUAGAAAUUAUUAUAAUUUUUAUGAAUUAAAAGAUGAUGUAAGGAAACGUAAUUAUUAUAAUAGUUGGAAAGAUACCAUUGAAUGGGAACAAGCCAAACCAGUCAAAUUAAAUUUAGUACCCUUAUCUGAAUUUAUAAAUUCAGAAGAAGGAAAAUCUGCUUAUUACAUGGCUCUUGAAUUUUAUUCCAAUUUGAGUUAUUCUAAUUAUAAUCCUUAUUUAUAUGUAUUAAAUAAAAGUGAAAAGGAUAUAUAUAUAAUGGAUAUAAAAAGAAAUUGGGCACAAUAUAUUGACAAAAAUAUAAAUUUCAAUGUAACGCCUAAAUGUAAAAACGGCGAUAAAAUAUUAAGUGGUUUUAUUCUUACAAAUAAAAAGAAAUCAUAUGAAGAUAAUCAUAUUAUACACAUGUGUCCAUCAAACACCGUGUGUUCUAGUGGUAUAAAUAUUGAAUCAGAUAAAAAUUUUGAAUUUAGUUGGAUUUUAUGUAGUAAGGAAAAUAGAAGUGAGAUACAUCAAAUAUUAACCAAAAAUACGUUUCAAGGAAAUGGAAAGGCUUCAUGUCCUUAUAAUAUGAAAAUAGGUUUUGGAUUUUCAUUAACAUUUCAGAAAUCUAUAAAUACGAAUAUAAAAAUUGAACCUUGUGAAAGUAAUAAAAAAGAAUGUAAAAGAACAAAUUUGGCUAGUUCUUCUCAAACAUAUUUCUGGAUUAAUUGUUUACCUACCAACAAAAAUUUAUUAUUACAAACCUUGGAAUCAAAAACAUAUAGUGAGAAAAAAUAUUUAAAUGAUCAUUUUGUGUUUAGCUUAAAAUGUUCUGAAGGGAAAUAUAUAAUUGCAGGUUUCGCAAUUGAUUAUAUUCCUUCGGGUGUUAAUGAUUAUUUAGUAUGUCCCGUAGGAAGUAAUAAAUGUGAUUUAAAGAUUCAUGUUGUGGAGAAAAAUAUAGGUGAAGUACAUAUACCUAUUAUGUAUAUUGUGUGUUCUUCUAUUUCAUAA